ACUUUCAGUUUCAGUUUGAGAUCAACUCAAGAGAAUCCAUGGAAAUUGUAGCUGCUGUUGUUGGAAAGAUAACAGAGUAUACUGUUGCUCCUAUUGUACGUCAAGCAAGUUACUUGAUAUGCUACGAAGGCAAUUUCAAAACGUUAGCUGAUGAUGUUAAAGACCUUGAUGCUGCAAGAGAAAGAAUGAUGGUUUUGGUUGAAGAAGAAAGGAGAAAUGGUAAAACAAAUUUUCAAGGUGUGGACAACUGGAUUGAGAAUGUGAAUGAGGUCAUUGAGAAAGCAACUCAGCUGCAAAAUGAUCCUCGCCGUGCCAAUGUUAGUUGCUCAGCAUGGCCGUUUCACAAUUUGAUUUCGCGGCAUCAACUAAGUAGGAAAGCGACAAAAAUUGCAAAGGAUGCUGUUCAAGUUCAAGGAAAAGGUGUUUUUGAUCGACUUGGUUUCCGUUCUAUUCUAGAUGGAGUAGCAUCCUCCUCCGGAACAAGAGGUGAUGAAAAAUAUGAGACAAGGGAGUCACUUAAGCAGGAGAUUAUGAACGCGUUGGUAGACCUUAAUUCAGGCAACAUUGGAGUGUAUGGGUUGGGUGGGGUGGGUAAAACAACUCUGUUGGUGGGAAUUUCUCAAAUGGCCAAGGAAAAAAAAUUGUUUAAUGAAGUGGUUACAACACAUGUGUCCAUAAAUCCAGACUUGAAAACAAUUCAAGGGGAGAUAGCAGAUCUGCUGGGUCUGCGAUUCGAUGAGGAGACUAUUCUUGGCAGAGCUCAUCGCCUAAGACAGAGAAUCAAGAUGGAGAAAAGUAUCCUUGUCAUUCUAGAUGAUAUAUGGACCAGAAUUGAUUUGAAGGAAGUGGGGAUUCCGUUUGGUAAUGAGCAUAAUGGUUGCAAAUUGUUGAUGACAAGUAGAGAUCAGGAUGUUUUGGUGCAAAUGGAUGUUUCAAAGGAUUUCACUUUCAGACUUAAUAUUAUGAGUGAAAAAGAGACAUGGAGAUUGUUUCAAUUAACGGCUGGUGAUGUGGUUAACAAUAAGGAUUUGAAAGAUGUAGCAAUUAAAGUUGCCCAAAAGUGUGAAGGUUUGCCUCUUAGAGUAGUUACGGUAGCGAGUGCAAUGAAAAAUAAGAGGGAUGUCGAAUCUUGGAGAGAUGCAUUAAGCAAAUUACAAAGUAGUAAUCAUGCAGGGGUGAACGCGGCAACUUAUUCUGCUUUGGAAUUGAGUUACAACUCAUUGGAAAGUAAUGAAGUUAAGGCGCUAUUCCUGCUUUAUGCAUUAAUUCCAGAUAAUGGUGCAGAGUACUAUCUGAAAGUGGCAAUGGGGCUGGACAUAUUAAAGCAUGUUAAUACCAUGGAUGAUGCAAGAAAUCGACAUUACACAAUAAUCAAAUCUUUGGAGACUAGUUGUCUUUUGCUUGAAAGUAAAACAAGUGAAAAGGUUGAAAUGCAUGACUUUGUUCGUGAUUUUGCUAUCUCCAUAGCACGGAGGGACAAACAUGUAUUUCUUAGUAAAUUUGCUGAUAAUGAAUGGCCAACCAAUGAUCUUUUAAACAGGUGCACGCAGAUCAUUUUAUAUAGGUGUCAACAUAUGCACAAGCUUCCUAAAAUGAUUGAUUGUCCAAGCAUUAAGUUUUUCAUUUUGUACAGCAAGAAUCGAUCUUUAGAAAUCCCGGAUAUGUUUUUUAAGGGUAUGAAAAGCCUUACAGUGCUAGAUUUAACAGCUCUGAACCUGCCUUCAUUACCUACCUCGUUUCGGUUCUUAACAGACCUUAAAUCGCUGUGUUUAGAUUUUUGUGUUUUGGAAAAUAUGGAUUCAAUAAAAGCUUUGCAAAAUUUAGAAAUUCUUAGUCUCUGGAAUUCUUCAAUGAUCAAGUUGCCUAGAGAAAUAGGGAGAUUGACUCAAUUGAGAAUGCUUGAUUUGAGCAAUUCAGGAAUAGAAGUCGUCCCACCCAACAUCAUAUCAAGCUUGACUAAAUUGGAGGAGUUGUACAUGGGCAGUACGUCUAUUAACUGGGAAGUUGUGAAUUCUACAGUUCAACAUGAAAAUGCUAGCAUUGCUGAGCUUCGAAAACUACCCAACUUGACAGCUUUAGAGUUACAAAUUCGGGAGACAUGGAUGUUGCCAAGGGACUUGCAAGUGAUGUUUGAGAAGCUGAAAAGAUACAAAAUAGCUAUCGGAGAUGUAUGGGAAUGGUCUGACAUUAAGGAUGUAACCUUAAGAACAUUGAUGCUCAAACUUGGUACCAACAUACAUUUGGAGCAUGGAAUUAAAGCAUUGAUUAAAAGUGUUGAGAAUUUGUACUUGGAUGACAUAUAUGGAAUUCAAAAUGUGGUUUAUCAACUAGAUGGGGAAGGAUUUCCAUUUCUGAAACAUCUCCACGUCCAAAAUAAUGCAAACAUGAAGCACAUUGUUGACUCUAAAGAGAGAAAUCAAAUCCAUGUGUCCUUUCCCAUCUUGGAAACUCUGGUACUUGAUAAUCUUCACAACUUAGACCAUAUAUGUCAUGGUCCACUUUCACUUGCUUCUUUUAGAUGUCUUAGUGUUAUCAAAGUCAAAACCUGCUUCCAGUUAAAAUAUCUUUUCUCCUUUACAAUGGUUAAAGGACUUUCUCACCUUUCUAAGAUUGAAGUUUGUCAUUGCAAUUCUAUGAAGGAGAUAGUGCUCGAAGACAACAAUCCCAGUGCAAAUAAUAACAUGGCUAAUGAAAAAAUUGAGUUCAAUGAAUUGCGUUCUUUGACUUUAGAACAUUUAGAGACACUUGAUAAUUUCUUCUCUAACUCUUUGACACACUCCAAGAGUAAGCAAAAUCAUCAAGGUUCGGAACCUUAUGUUUCAACACCAUUUUUCAAUGCUCAGGCUGUGUUUUCUAAUUUGGAUACCCUUAAAUUGAGCUCACUCAAUUUGAGUAAAAUUUGGGAUGACAAUCAUAGUUCUAUGUACAACUUGACUAGCUUGAUUGUGGAGAAUUGUGGCGGGUUGAAGUACUUAUUCUCUUCUACUGUGGUUGAAAGUUUUAAGAUCCUCACACACCUUGAAAUAAGUAAAUGUCCUUUGAUGGAAGAGAUAAUAUCUAAACAAGAGAGAAACAAUGCAUUGAAUGAGGUUCCUUUUUUCAAAUUAGAAAAACUGAUAUUGAAGGACAUGGACAAGUUGAAGACAAUAUGGCACAGUCAGUUUAAGUCAUUGAAGUCGUUGAAAGUGAACAAUUGUGAGAAAAUUGUGGUAGUUUUUCCUUCUUCAAUGCAAAAAACUUAUAAUAAGUUAGAGAUGCUGGAGGUUAAAAAUUGUGCUUUGGUGGAAGUGAUAUUUGAAUUGACAUUCAGUUGUACAGAAGAGGAUACAACAGAUUUGGAACAAGUUACUAUAAAUGAACUGCCGAAGCUAAAAAAGAUAUGGAGUGAGGAUCCUCAAGGAAUUCUUAAUUUUCAAAGUCUAAAAUAUGUACGACUGCAUCAAUGUGGAAGUUUAGAGUAUCUCCUACGACUUUCUGUAGCCACUCAUUGCUCACAUCUCAAAGAACUUGUGAUAGUAAAUUGUGCAAGCAUAAAAGAAAUUGUUGCAGAGGAGAAAGAAUCUAGGGUGUGUGCAGCUCCCAUAUUUGAGUUUAAUCAAUUGAAUUCUCUAAUCCUUCGGAACUCACACAGGCUCAAGGGGUUCUAUGUUGGAAAACAUACUCUAUCAUGUCCAUCUUUGAGGAAAAUCAAUGUUUUCAAUUGUUCUAAAUUGAAUUUGUAUAGAACCCUUUCUACAAUCAACUCUAUAAGUAGUUUUCAAUAUGACAAACUCUUUGACAUAUCUCAACAGCCACCUUUCCUUGCCGAAGAGGUGAUUCCAAAUUUGGAGGAGUUGAGGAUAGAACAAAAGGAUGCUGGCAUGAUAUUGCAAGCCCAAAAUUCAUGUGCUCUCUUUACCAAAUUGACAAAGCUUUGUUUAUCUAUGUAUAACAAUGAAGAGGCUACAUUUCCUUAUUGGUUUCUUAAUAAUGUGCAUACUAUUGAUUCGUUAUGGGUUGAGUGGAGUUGCUUCAGGAAGAUAUUUCAAGAUGAAGGACAAAUAACUGAGACGACUCAUACUCGGGUAAAAAAUCUGAGAUUGAAUACAUUACAUAAACUUCAACAUAUAUGUGAGGAAGGAUCUCGAGUUAACCCAAUUCUUGAGUUCCUUGAAUGCUUACAUGUUUUAAGUUGUUCUAGUAUGAUAAAUUUGUUCCCUUCCUCUGUCACCCUUAAACAUCUAGACCAUAUAGAGAUAACAUGUUGCAAUGGGCUUAAAAAUUUAAUUACAAUUGCUACGGCGCAAAGUUUGGUCAAACUCACAUCACUUGAGGUAAAAGACUGUAAAUCACUUGAAGAAAUAAUUACCGGAGUAGAAAAUGUUGACAUUGCAUUUAUUAGUUUACAAGUUUUGACGUUGGAGUGUUUGCCAAGCCUCAAAAGAUUUUGCUCUAGUAAAUGCUUCUUGAAGUUUCCGUUGUUGAAGAAAGUAGUUGUGAGAGAAUGUCCUUACAUGACGAAAUUUUCAGAGGGAAACACAAGUACACCAAAUCUUCGAAAAGUUAAAAUUGCCGAAAAUAAAAAAGAAUCGUUUUGGAAGAGAAACCUUAACGAUACAAUACAAAAAAUGUUUGAAGAUAAGGUUGCAUUUUCUAAAUUCAAAUAUUUAUCCUUAUCUGAUCACCCUGUGCUAAAGGAUUUGUGGUAUGGCCAAGUUGAUCAUCAAAAUGUGUUUUGCAAUCUGAAACAUCUAGUGGUGCAAAGAUGUGAUUUCUUAUCACAUGUACUUUUUCCAUCAAAUAUUGUUCAAGUUCUACAUGGAUUGGAAAAACUAGAAGUAAAAGAAUGUGAUUCAUUAAAAGCCAUAUUUGAUGUGAAAGGUAUGAAAUCUAAUGAGUUAAUAUUGUGUAAACAAAACAGUCAAUUGAAAACAUUGACCUUGUCUUGUUUACCAAACUUGGAGCACAUAUGGAACGAGGAUCCUCAUGAAACUAUUAACUUUGGAAACCUAUGCUCGAUGGAUGUUUCUUCGUGCCAAAGCUUGUCAUACAUAUUUUCAUUGUCGCUAUGCCAAGAUCUUGGAAAUCUUGAAAUGCUUAAGAUAGAUUCUUGCGGAGUCAAGGAUAUUGUUGCAAUGAAAGAAGGAUCAAUGGAAAUCAGUUUUAAUUUUCCCCAACUAAAUACAUUGGCACUUCAUUGUUUACCAAAUCUAAAGAGUUUCUAUCAAGGAAAACAUACUUUAGAGUGCUCAUCAUUGAAGACUUGGAAAACUUGGAAUUCAUUUCUUUGUUAAGUUUAAGAAGCUUCUCCAAUGGGAAACAAGCAUUCACCUUUCCAUCUUUGCGGAAUUUCAUUGUUGAAGGAAGUCCUCAAAUGAAGAAUUUCUCAUUAGGAGUCACAAAAGCACCAUGCCUCACAGGAAUUCGAGUUGAAGACCAAAAUAUACAUUGGAAAGGUGAUCUUAACACAACUAUUCAACAAUUGUUCAUAGAAAAGGAAGUCACACGUUCUAAUGAGACAGUCAUAUCAUCAUAUUUGCAAGAUGACGAGAUAGCAUGUGAAAAUGAUGAUGAGAUCGCAUGCGAAGAUGGUACGAAUGCAGAUGCUAAGGAGUGAUUGACAAUGCUGUAACAGCAGUAGUAUUUUUUGUAUGCAGCCAUUUUUCUGCUAGAUUGGUUAUGUCACUUGGGUUCUUAAGAUCGACUCUUGAGAUUAUGUGAUCUAAGAUCAAAUUUUAUCACGCUUGGUUUAUUGUUAUUUCAGCGGUUUGUUUUAUAACUUGUUUAUUAUAAAGAUUUUUAAUUGCACCACAUGUUCUUGUGUUUU